UUGCAUAUGGAAGUGUCCGGGCCAGGGACUGAAUCCAGGCCACAGCUAUGACCUACCCCACAGCUGCAGCAACACUGGAUGCUUAACCCACGGUGCCACGGCGAGAACUCCCUCGAGGAUUUUUUAAUGUAGACGGGCAGACUCUAGAUCUGCUUUUUCUGGACCUUCACAAAGACGAACCACGCCGUCUGUCGUCCGUGGCGGCUUCACUCGGCAUCAUGUUUUUGAGGCUCAUUCAGUCGACGCAGGGUAUCUGCCGACUCUGACCACAUCUUCCUGCGCCUGGUUGGAAGGAGCUGAGCGUGAUGGGCUCAGCUCCUUCCUGGAACCACCCGUUGUCACCACCGCCGCCCCCCAGACGAAUGGCUUCCUCUGCCACACCCACAUGCCCCGAGUGGAGGCUCUCAGGAGACACAGGCCGUGGCUGACCUUCCCCGUCUCUGACCCAGGCCCCGAGGAGCCAGUUGACCUCUGACCAAGGAUAAACGCCUGAAACCCAGCCCAGGCCCUGCUCACCAGGCGGCAAAGGCGGAGCACCUUUUCCCACGCAAUGGCCCUGGGAGGCAGGUAAGAAGCCUGGCAGGGUUCUGAGGACCCAGUGAGUGGGCAUCUCAGCCCGCAUGGCCGGGGUCCCUGCUUCCCCAAGACCCCACGUUGUCUCAGGGCUGUGUGUGCUUGUGUCCACGGGCCUGCCUGCGCUCUUACUCUGGAGGGGACCCAUCUGCCCCUCAGCCAGGGCUCCCAUGGGCAGGGAAGCGCAUCACUGUCUGGCCCAGGAUGCUGCGGUUCCCAUGCUGUCACAAUGGCCACACAACAGGGCGCCCCCGGGGAUGGAACCUAAUCUCAGCCUAUUGAAGACCUGAAAACUGUGGCCCCUGCCCUGAGCCAGCAGACGGCCCCGCCUGGGACACCUGAUCCACCACCGCCCUCGCCUCAAAGGGGGACACUGUCCCCCCAGGGUCCCCUCCCCACCGGCAUAGACAGAAAAACUGGGUCGCUGGGAUAGAGUGACAGCAAUGGCAGACAGGGAAGAGACGGGGCUUGGGGGGACCCGGCAGGCACAGCCAGCCUCUGAGGACACUCUGGCCUGGCCCAAAGAAGGUCUGCCUUGGGGCAGCCAGCUCUCCCAGGGCAGGGGUCUGGCCCAGGUCUCCAAGGAGGGGCUCAAGUUUAGGGUGCAGCUGAGAGAAAGCACCUGCCCAAGACCCCAAGAAGGGUGGGGACAGAACCAAGACCAAGGACUUCCCUCCCCCCACCCAGAGGGGCACCCCAGGCCAUGCUGCAGGCUGGGGUGUGGGGACUGGGGCUGGGCACAGGCUCCGGCCCGCCAGCCCCCGCCCCUCCUGGAGCACCCAGCCAGCAAGUAACUGCUCCUCAGCCUGGGUGUGUCCGACUCCGAUGCAGCUUCCUGGCCGGGACAGAGCUAACCGGGGGCAGCCAGGGAGACUCAGGCCUAGCCACGAGCCCCUCUUGGACCAGCGUCCUGGACCGUCACUGCUCUGAGUGCCUCGCCCUCCCGCUGCCCUGUGCAGGGGUGGGGCCCUGGAGCCUCGGGCCCACAGGACCCUAGCAUUUCCUGGGGUGCAGGAGACACGAGCCCACAGAUGCUUAUGCUCGGGGUGGCUGGAGAUGCAUGCCAACUGCUGUGUGAUGCCUGGGGCCUCUGUCUUCCCACCUGUGAAAUGGGACCUGGCCCUUCAGACUCUUCUAGCUCUUGGCCCAUCCCACAAACGCAGCUCUCUUGGGUUGUCACCACUGUCAGGCACUUUCUGCUUCCUCGUCAGCUAGAGGGAACUCAGGACAGACGAGAAGGCGGUGAACCUGGCCGCCUGCCCCCAAGGAGGAGGCAGCUGAGCAGGGAGGCUGAGCCGGGGUUGGGGAGACACAGGCUCUGGCGGGGAGGCAGGAUGAAGACGGGUUGGCUGAGCCCUGGGGUGUGUCGGGAGCAGGGAGAGGACGAUGUUGAGAGGCUGGCAGGCAGGAAUGGCAGGGGCAGGCCAGCCCUCCCAAGAGGACAGUGAAUGGGGAGCCAAGGAGGGUGUCAGACUGUCACCCCACUUCUAGGUUUCAGGGGCCAACGUGGUGCCCAUCCAAGACCACACUGCCUGCUCCUCAUUCUACUCCACGUCCGGGCCAGACCUCAAGCAUCUGGGCAUGGAACUGGCCCGGCAUUUUCAUCUACCUCCCACCCCAGGCAGCCAGGGAAACUGUGGGCCCUCCCGGAGAGGCGUGUGGGCUCUGCAGCGUGGUCCAGAGGGUGCCCUCAGCCCUGCCCACUGAACCUUGGUCCACCCGACCGGGGUGCUUGAGAGGAGACAGGGCUACGGGGCCUUUGCAGGGCUGACAUGGCUGCCUCCAGAAUGUCCCCAGAGGUUGCCCGUGGGCGACCUGCAGGCCUGCCCCUUCCUGUCGGUGGCAGUGGGGAGAUGGAUGACGUGGGCAGUGGUUGCUUGGCAAACCUUCAUGGUCACGGCAGCCGUGCUGAGCCCAGGGCAGAUCCUCCCUCUCAGCGCGUGCCCUCGGGAGGGGGCGGACAGGAGGGCACCCGCAGCCGCUGGGGCCCUGCUUCUCUGCUCGGAGGAAGGUGCUGGUGGACAGAACCCCACCCACGGGUGUUCUAGACCUGGGCUGGGGGCACCCGGGGCCGACACCCCCACCUCCCACCGUGGAUCGCAGGCCAGCUCACUUCCCUCUCUGAGCCUCAGCUUCCUCAUUUGCAAAAUGAGACCGGGAGACACGCCCUGCUAAGCCUGUGACCCUGUAGCCCCUCCCCCCCUCCACUUUCCUGCCCCCCCCCCACUGCCCCUGCCUCUGCCUCCAGCCCUCCCUGCGGUUGGCAGACUGGACUGAGAUGCCCUCUCUUCAAAGGCCUGGCUGCCAUCAAGUGGCACAGCCUAGAGGCUGUGGGAGAGGGUGGAAGCCCUGGCCUCUGAGGGCGGGCUCUGUGGAAGCCCCCAGCAUGCGGCCAGGAGUGGGGGCCCCAGGAGCUAAACCUGGCAGACACAUCGGCAGGCAGUUCCGUCUGCUGCUUCUGUCAAUAUGAGCCUUCCUGUUUUGGAGAUUAAACCUCGGCUGAGCAAACAGCUUUCAAGGCGGCCCCUCCCUGCCACCUCCCCAUCCCCAGCCUGUCCUGAGCCCAGAACCACCUGGAGGCUGGGGGGAUGGGGGCAGGGCCAGGAGAAGCCCCCUUCCCCUCACCAAACCCUGCACUGCACCCUGGCCAGCCCCCCAGCCCUGCCCCAGCCCCACUGACCCCUGGCGAGGCCUCUGCCGGAAGCCCCCUGUGUAAUCCUUCCGCUCGGGGCGGGUGCACUGUCCCGGUGGCCCUGCCUGCUGCAUCCUCUGCCCUUGUGUGACCUCCCCCAGGAAAGGGGACGCAAGCCACUCCUCGAGGCCUCGCUGCCAGGCACAUGCCCGCUGGGUACCGACCCCAGGCAUGGCAAAGAGCCACCCCCGAGCGCUCCACGGAGGACCCAGCCCAGAGAGACCCGUCAUGACAGAUUUUUCCCUCAGCCUCUUGACACUCUUUGGGGCCUGUCUUGUCCAUCCUAGGAUGUCUAGCAGCAUUCCUCCUGGUUCUACUGGCGAGAUCCACUAGCACCCCCUGAGCCCACAGGUGUGACAACCCCCACCCUGGCUGAGAACCAUCAGCGAGCCCUGCAGGCAGUGCACAGGCUGGGAAGCCAGCCGGGCUUGCAGAGGGACGACAGAGCCUCAGGGGCUGGGGCCAGACAGCCCCUGCCCUGCCCUACCCCUUCUCACCACCUCCUAGCAACCCAGCGCUGCCCUCUGCCCAAAACCCUCCCCAGCCUCAGCUUUACUGCUGGCAGAGCCUCCGAGGGAAGGGAGGACUGAGCACAAAGGCCGAGCUGGCCCCCGGCUGCCUCCAGCUCCCUCCCUCUCUGGCCACAAGGACACAAGGCCCAGAGGGACAGACAGACAUAUAGGGAGGACCAGGGUUAACUCCUGAUAUCUGGCCUUAAUGGCAGCUGCUUCUCUUCCAUCUUCAAAGCACCCUGGGCCAGAGUUCCUUCUGUGAUGCAAUGGGAUUGGCAGCGUCUCUGGAGCGGGUUCAAUCCCCGGCCCCACACCGAGGGUGAAGGAUAAGGCGCAGCUACAGCAUAGGUUGCAACUGUGGCUCAGAUCAGUUCUGAUCCCUGGCCCAGAAACUCCAUAUGCCGUGGGGCAGCCAAAAAUAAAAUAAAAUAUGUUAAUAUAAUAAAGCAACCUGGACCACCCCCUUCCCUGCUCGCACACCAUCUGUGGCUCCCCAGUGCCUCCCUCUCCCACCCAGGGGAACAGGUUUCCUUUCCUGGAAGCCCCUCCUGAAGCCUUGUACCGCUGGCCCUGGCACAGGUGGAUUCCUCUUGCCCAGGCUCCUGGCACCCUUGGGCUUGACCCGCCUUCCAGCCCCUCCCACCCCCUGCCUACUUGUGGAUGUGGGGUAAAUCCUCCCCACGGGACGGUGAGCUGCCUGGAGGCAGGGGCUGUGUCUGAGUCACCUCCUACGCUGCACUGGAGCCAGAGCCAGGGAUGCCGCUGGGUGGGUGGGAGUGUCAGUGGACAGACAGGUGAACAGAUGCGACCCAUGGCGGCAGCUUUCUCCCUGUGGGUGCAAGUGUCCCUCCUGGGCACAGAACCUCCCCCACCCUCUCUUCCAGGGCAGCUAGGAAUACCCAGGGACGCCACGUCCCGUCCCCCCCAUGAGUAGGGAGAAGACAGUGCUAUCCGGGUCCCAGAGGAGGGGCCCGAGAUCAGGGAGAUACAGACCAGCUCAGGGUCACGCAGGAAGCUGGUCUUCCUUUAAGCCAAGUCUCGGACGCCUGCUACCUCCAUUCGGCCCAGAGCUGCCUCGUCGGGGAUCUGGUCCCUUCGACAUGGGCACGGGGUCAUGACUGGGGCAAGGGACUGUCCCUGGAGCCUGGCAGGCACCAGCACCGUCAUGCCCCACCCCUGGCCCCGCACAAACUAGCCAUUCUUGGCAAGACAAAGGCGGGCUGGGGCGGAGUGGAUCUGGUGUCUCUCUGGUGGGCGUCUGGCCUCUGCAGGACGUCGGUAAUGGGUUCUGGUGGGGGGGCUCUGCCACUGGGGGCUGCAAAUCAGAUUAGCUCUGUCCAGUCCCACGACCAAGGUGGCCCCAGCAUAGCCACCAGGAGGAAACCCAGCUGCCAGCGCUAGGCCUGCCGCCCUCCCUGUGCGCACAAACCCUGGUCCCAAGGCUGAGACCCCCCGACCUUCCUGUGGGGUCAAGGGCAUGUCUCUUCCCCUCUGCGGACCCCCAUGUCCCACCUGUAAGACCCAUAGUUUGAAUGGUACCCCGGGGGGUGGGGAAUGCUCCUGUUUCCCAGAGCAGGACAGGCAUGUGGCCUAUGGCCACUUUUAUGGGGCCAACCCUGCCCUCAGGCCCCACCGCCAGCGCCAGCUCUGAGUUCAGCGGGCAGUCCUGCCGGGCCUUCUUGCCCUGGGACCAUGUUCCCCUGGCUGGGAGGGCCUGGGGGGAAGGAUUGUUCUCACGAGCCUCUGUAUGUCUGCCUGAUCACAUCCAUCCAUCCAUCCAUCCGUCCGUCCGUCUGUCCCCUUCCUCCUCUGGUCAACCAGGGAUAAUGGAGCACCUACUUUGUGCCAGGCUCUGAUGAGAAGUGAAGCAUCACUUCUGCCCUCACGGAGCCCCCAGGCUACUGGGGAGGUAGGCAGGGCGAGGGGCAGUUACACCCUUAGGUGGGCAGUACCAGACCAGGGGGAACCCUAGGGGCUUGGGGAGGACUUCCUGGGAAAGGCAGCACUUGGCUGGCCUUGAAGGGGGCUCUCUGAAGCCUUGCUCAGCCACCCAGGCAAAGUCGGCCUGGCCACUCUGACCGCACCAGGCCCAAGGGUUCAGGCCACAGGGCCAGGCCCUCAGGGUCCACAGUGCGGGGCUUUGCGUCUGCAGAGUUCCAGCCCCCAGUGGAUCCAGGGUGGCCUGAUCCCUGCUGUAGGGUCGAGGGAGCUCCUGAGACUCAUGGAGAGAAGGGCACUGGCCCAAGACCACACAGAGCACGGGCCAGGGGUGAGGGGUUCUGGCGGAGCAGAGGCAGGUGGACGGGGCUGGGGGCUCCUUUGCAGCUGUGGGCUGUCUGUUCUCACAAGCAGCGUCCCCCUGGCAGCAGUAAAACGGAAAUCAGCUGCCACGGAGCCCGUGCAUCCAGCAUCUAAGCCAACCCCUCUCCAUUCCCUCCCCUCCCUCCUGCCAGCGCUGACUCUUCAUCCAGAAGCUUCUGGGCUGGACCCUCUCCGGGCCACUGUGGCCAUGCCACCCCCUGCCUCUGAGCGAGCCCACAGCACCUUGACGUCUGGGGCUCCUCUGCUGCCACUUCUCCUCCUAGGACGAUCCAAUGGCAGCCUUGAGGACGGACCUUCUCAGCUCUGUGUCCGACAGGGCAGUGUGAGGCCCCUGCCUGGCUCCACCUUCCUGCCACCACCUCGUGGAACUGGGGACAGUGCCUUCCUCCCCUCGCUGGGCUCUGCUGCCGGGUUGGAGGAGGCUGUUCCCGGGACACUGAGCAGAACUGCCUCGGAUGACUGCCCUCGAGUUAAUGGGUCACCCAUUAUGUUUCCUGGAUCUUGCAGGAAAGAGACACCCAGGGGAGGCCCCAGGAGCCCAUGGGGAAGGGGACUGCUAGAACCCGCUUCUCCAUUUGCAGAAGGCCCCAGGUGAUGGGUACACAACACCGCCUCUGAGCCUGACGGGGGAGGCAGAGCCGAGCCCCAGGGGCCUCACUGGUCACGCGGGCCCCUGUCCUCCGCCGUCUCCACCCAAGCCUCGCUGGGCAGCUCUCAAGUCAUUCUAUCACCCAGCUCCCCUCGGUGGUGGGUGGAGGGGCCAUGCUGAGAGGAGGUCGGCUGCCCAGGAGGCGCCCAGACCCCUGGCCCUGAGCACGAGGCCCUCAUCACUCAUGAGCAGCUUAUAAGAUGGGUCCUCGCGUCCUGAGUGGGGAAACUGAGGCUCAGAGGAGGAAUACCCCAGGUCCAAGGUCAUGAAGCUGAGAAGUGGCCCCUCUGGGAUUAGACAGCAAGCAGUCUUUCUCCAGAAGCUCCCAGCCUGGGUCUACACUCCCGUGCCCGUGUCUGGGGAGGGCCCUGGCACAGCCUCUCGCCCAUCCCAAUUCCCAAGGACCCUAAGGCCCCAGGGGGCUUCCUGGCAACCGGGUCAGCCCUCCCCACCCACCUCCUUCUCCCGGGCCCAGCACCCCCUGCUCCCACCCCACAGCUGUUUGGCCCAGUAGGUCCCCUGAAGGGGCCUUUGGGUCUAGGGUGAGGGCAGGGGAGGGGAGCAUCUCAGGCUGGAGCCGAGCCUGGGGAGGGGGCGGGGGCGGCUGGGCCAGCCACCCUUCUCCAGUUUUCAGACCUCAAGGAGUCACCACGAAAUUCCAUUCUCCUGACAGCAAAGAAAUUGAAUCACUCUUGCCAAAGCCCACGGCCCCACAAGAAUGCUGCAAAGCUUUGUCCUGCUGUUCCCAGACAGGCAGCUGCACCCAGACCCCCCCACUCCCACCAAGCCUGGCCUCAGAGAGGUGGUACAGACACUCCCUGCCGCAUCUAGGCCACGCCCCUGCCAGGCUGAGCCCCAGCCCCUCUGUAUAGUGGCUCCUCCCCCUCGCUCCCCGAGUACCAUGCAGCAGAGCUUCCUGAGCCCCGACUUGCAUUCUGUACAGUGGGCACGUCACUGCCGCUUCCUGGUGUAUCAACAGUGCAGCAGCCAGGGCUAGGCAGCACCAGCUGGAAAAAGCAGGGAAGCUCUGGGGCGCAGGGCAGGGAGUCCUGCCCCCUGGGUGGGGGCCAUGGAAGGGUGGGUUCGCAGGACCUCCAGGUGGGACUGCGGGGUGACGUGGCUGCACGCUGCUGUUCCUCCUGCCUCUUGCAGGAUGCUCAGCACCUAGUGGGUAUCAUGGAAUGUCGGUGCCAGUGACAGAAUCCCAGGGACAGAGCACAGCUCGUGCAAUGAGUCAGGGCUUGACAGUUUGGGGGCUGUUAGAGCAUGGGGAGGCAUUGCAGGGAACAGCAAGAAACAGAGCCGGAACCAAGUUGGGAGGUACGUCAGGCCAGGACUUGAACUCACAGGUGACGGGGAACCACAAAGAUUUCGAUCUGCGUGUGUGCGUGUGCAGGGGGUGUGGGGGUGUGAUGAGCUGCGUGGAGAAUGCGUACAGCAGAUAGAUUGGGGACUGGGAGACCAGGGUGGAGGCUGCUCGAGAGGUCCAGGUCCAGCAGGAGCGCAAGGUGAUUGACAGUGUGUCUGCAGCAGCAGGGACGCGGGUUCAAUCCCCAGCCGGCACCGUGGGCUAAGGCUCCAGCGCUGGUCCAGGCCUGGGAACUAGAAUGCCUCAGCCGGAUGGAAAAAAAAAAAAAAAAGGUCCAGGAUAGAGGAGGGUCUCUCUCAAAACAGCCCAGACCCGGGAUAGAUAAGAGUUGGUGGUGGGUGAGGGACACGCGGGCACAGAGACCUUUCAGAUGAGAGGCUGGAGCUGACCGUCUGCCAGCCUUCAGGUCCAUUUCUCCCCUGCCCACCCCCACCCCUUCAGCUGACUAAAGGCUCCCAGGCUGGGCUCUGGCUGAUGGGGGAGGGGUUUAUGGCAGGAGGUGACUCUAUGGGAGUCUUGUCACUUGGACCCAGUAGCACCAUCUGCUCUGGCAUCUGCCUGCCUGAGGUGGUGCCUGCUAAUUACCUCGGAGGCGGGUACAGGAAGAGGCCUGGGAACUCUCACUCCCCAACGCCCCAUCAGAGGGGCAGGGGCCCGAAGAACAAAUGGGCCAGGCCCCCUGGGCGCAAGUCUGGAAACUGGACCAGACAUUCACACAGUAAAUCUUUAUAGAGCACCUACUGUGUUCCCGUUCUUCAGCGGUGGACAUUCAGGUGGAGGGAGCGGGACCACGAAAGGGGAGCUGCUGGGAAGCCCACGGCCACCGGGCCGAGUGAGCCAUAAGCGGGGGACUGGUUAAGCCACGGUGGUCGCUGGGAGGCUGCUUAGGAGGGAUGGGGAGGAGCUGAGGAGGGAAGGGAAGGGGACGAGGAGCAGCCAAGCGGAGAGCCACCCCUAGCUGCGCUUCCGGAAGCGGCUGCAGGCAGGGGCUAAGACUUGAAUUUCUCGGCAUGGGGCCCUUGGCCACUUCCUCGCCCCUCACCCUCAACCUGAGCAGCCGGCACGCAUUCCUGUCGCCCCAGCUCGUGCGGUGGGCCGGCCCGGCCCGUGGGAAGGGCUGGGGGCCGGGGGCCGCCGUGUGCCGGGGAGGCGGGGCGGGGCACAGCUGGGCCACAUCUGGCCCGAGCGGAGAAGGACCAAAUGGGACAGAAGGCCGCCUUUCAUCCCGCGCGACGAGGGGCGCUAUCGGUUUCUUCUCACCCUGGGCGCCCAAGGAUUUCUGGGGACCAGGCCCCCGCCCACCCCCCCGACGUGGGGCCGUGACGAGGAAAUUAGCUCGAGGCCUAGGGAGGGAAUUUAUAAGGUGCUUUCUCCCUGGAACCUCGUGCUCAGGUGACUAAGUUCCUUCUCGAUAUUAAUAACAGCUGCUCUGCACCGAGAGCGCAGGUCUCCGCAGGUGCAGACCCUGUUACCUGGAGCGCGCUGCUCUACGCAGGUGCAGACCCUGUGACUUGGCUGGCACCGUCCCUGUGGUAGGAAGCUGGGUUUGGGGAGGGGAAGUGCACAGCGAGGAAGUAAGGACGGCCCCCGCGCGUCGAUUGAGCCCUAAGUCCCUGUCCCAGAAUCCCAGUCACAGCGCCGAGGGCGCGCCCCUCUGCCAGCCAGAAGCCCAGUACGGCUCCAGCCGGCGCUCGGGUUUCCCCUUCAGAGUCACUGGGGCGGGGCAGGCCCAAAUCCCCACGCCCCCCGGCGGCCUGCUGGGGGCGAUCCAGGCGGGGCCCGGCGUGCACGUGCGCACAGGGGGCGGGAGCCCACGGCGCCCGCCCUGCAGUUCCCAGACCCCAGCUGCGGCCCCACGUGGGCGCUGCCGGGCGUCGGGGGGUAACCCGGUGAGGCCCCGCCCCAGGGUCCGGGAGCCAGUGAACUCGCGCAGAGGGCGGGGCCUAAGGCCAUCCCCCGCCCUCAGGGGGCGGAGCCACCCCGGGAGGUUUAAGAGCCCGGGGCGAGGGCAGUUCCCUGCUGUCGGUGCCGCUGGACGCUAGGUCCUCUACGCUGGUGUGCGGGGUAGGGCGCUCCGCGCGGCCGCCACCCCACCAUGCUCAAGCGCUGCGGCCGACGCCUGCUGCUGGCGCUGGCGGGCGCGCUGCUCGCCUGCCUGCUGGUGCUCACGGCCGACCCGCCGCCGCCCCCGGUACCCGCUGAGCGCGGUCGGCGCGCGCUGCGGAGCCUGGCGGGCCCUUCGGGGGCGGCCCCGGCGACCGGGCUGGAGGCGGCGGCUGCGCCAGCGCUAGUCCGCGAGGUGCACAGUCUGUCCGAGUACUUCAGCCUGCUGACCCGCGCUCGUCGAGACGCGGGCUCACCGCCCGGGGGCGUCCACCGCCCUGCCGACGGCCUUCCUCGGCCCCUGGAGCCACUCGCGCCGCACGACGUCUUCAUCGCGGUCAAGACCACCAAGAAGUUUCACCGCGCGCGUCUCGACCUGCUGCUGGAGACAUGGAUCUCCCGCCACAAGGAGAUGACGUUCAUUUUCACCGACGGGGAAGACGAAGCCCUGGCCAAGCGCACGGGCAACGUGGUCAAUACUAACUGCUCGGCCGCCCACAGCCGCCAGGCGCUGUCCUGCAAGAUGGCCGUGGAGUACGACCGCUUCAUCGAAUCCGGGAGAAAGUGGUUCUGCCACGUGGAUGAUGAUAACUACGUGAACGUGCGGGCCUUGCUGAGGCUGCUGGCCAGUUACCCGCACACACAGGACAUCUACCUGGGCAAGCCCAGCCUGGACAGGCCCAUCCAGGCCACGGAGAGGGUCAGCGAGACCAAGGUGCGGCCGGUCCACUUCUGGUUUGCCACCGGCGGGGCAGGCUUCUGCAUCAGCCGAGGGCUGGCCCUGAAGAUGAGCCCAUGGGCCAGCGGAGGCCACUUCAUGAGCACGGCCGAGCGGAUCCGGCUGCCGGACGACUGUACCAUCGGCUACAUCGUGGAGGCUCUGCUGGGCGUGCCCCUCAUCCGCAGUGGGCUCUUCCACUCCCACCUGGAGAACCUGCAGCAGGUGCCCACCUCCGAGCUCCAUGAGCAGGUGACCUUGAGCUAUGGCAUGUUUGAAAACAAGCGGAAUGCCGUCCACAUUAAGGGACCUUUCUCAGUGGAGGCGGACCCAUCCAGGUUCCGCUCCAUCCACUGCCACCUGUACCCGGACACACCCUGGUGUCCCCACACUGCCAUCUUCUAGCCAUUAUGGCUGAAACCCGGUCCCUGGGCACCCCUGGUAUCCAAAGGGCCCGGGGACCCCUGUUGUGCCGCCCUGGCCUUGGCAUUUGAGGCUCUCCCAGGGCUGUGCCUGUGUGUGUACCGUGUGCCCGUCCGUGCAGCAGACUGCUGGGCAGCUCUGCUCUGCCGAGGGCAGGCCCGGUCCCGGCUGUCUUUCCCUGCUCCACCCCGGGAGGAUUGUUAAGUCACAGUGACCUCGGACAGCGGUUUUAUUAUGACUCUGGGGUCUUUGGGGCAGCAUGGGGACCAGAUGUGCACGCGCCUUUUCUUCCUGCUGAGCACAGGCCUGCCUCUGCGGGCACUUGCACCCUGGGGUCCUGCGUCUGCCUCAGAGCCCCCAGGACCACUCACCAGGCUCAGGGCCAGGAAGCUGGGUCUUGGGAGGUGUGGCCCGAGCCCCCUGCCCACUCCCGAGCUCUGGCCUGGGCACCGUGGCUCAGAGGAACAGCAGCCGCGGUGGUCUUGCCACUGGGUGAAGUGCAGCGCUGUCCGGGCAGGGGUCUUCCCUGGCCUCUCAGCCCUCUUCCCUUUGUGAUGGGGAGUCAGCUGAGGGUUUUAUCUCCUCUCCCAAGUAGAGAGAAAGUCGCCCAUAGUGGGUGUGUCUGUAAAUAUUGUGACAGUAUUUUUUACUGUGCUUGUUUUUGGAAAGGGGCUGGGUAAAAAGUAGGGUGUUUUUGUCUUUGUUUUCGGGGCUGGGGGAGGGUGUUAUUUUAUCUUUUCUGUGGAUCAGAAAAAGCAGAAGCCAAACUUGGGAUAAUUUUUGUGUUAAAGCGGAUGGCAAUGGCUAACACGCUGUGUAUUUAUAUGUCGUGGCCCCUGGCCUCUCCCCGCCCACCUCCUGCAUAGCCCGACUCCCACCAGCCCAGCUCCGCACACCUGGCCCGUGGGGUGUGUUUUGUCUUCUGUUUUUCUUUCUGCAAAGACACAGCUAGGAAAGUGAAUAAGGGAAAAGUUCUCAGGGAAUUCAAGUGUGUUGCUAUGGUGACGUCCUUUGCUGUGAAUAAAGAUGCUCUUUGGGACAA